AUGAUUCCCCAUCAGAUACCCGGGAAGCAAAUGUUGACAAAAUUUCUCAGGAAUGAUGUUUUGUUUGGCAGCGCCUUCCUCGUCAGGCUUUUGCUUGUCUUUUACGGAGUUUAUCAGGACAGAACCAUGUUGGUGAAAUACACAGACAUCGACUAUCAAGUAUUCACGGAUGCUGCCAAAUACAUCACAGAGGGGAAGUCUCCUUACCUAAGAGCCACGUACCGUUACACUCCAUUGCUGGCCUGGAUCCUAACCCCAAACAUCUACGUUACUCAUCUGUACGGAAAGCUCCUCUUUAUUGCUGGGGAUCUGGUUGCCGCGUACCUCAUGUACCAGAUUCUUCUGCUCAGAGGGCACGACAGCAGGAAGGCCUGCGGGUGCUGUGCGUUCUGGCUCCUCAAUCCCCUGCCCAUGGCGGUAUCCAGCCGAGGAAAUGCUGAGUCCCUUGUGGCGAGCCUAGUCCUGGGCACCAUGUAUUACAUGGAAAAGAGGCAUCCAGCCAAGGCUGCUGUUCUGUACGGCCUGUCCGUACACAUGAAAAUUUACCCAGUGACCUACGCGUUGCCAAUAGCUCUCCAUUUGCAAAGCGGCGGAAGCUACGAGAAAGGAAAGACAGGCACACCGAAGAAACGGAAAACCGGCUACUCUGUGGGCAGCAUCUGGCGGUUUUUCUUCAGGUUGUUCAGUUGGGAUGUUCUGCUCUUUGGAGCGGUGGCUGGAGGCACCUUUGCUGCUCUGGGCCUCGUUUUUUAUUUCUCUUAUGGUUGGGACUUUCUGGAGCAGGCCUAUCUCUACCACUUGACCCGCAGAGAUAUUCGACACAACUUCUCGCCCUAUUUCUACAUGUUAUACUUGACUGCAGAAAGCGAGUGGAGUUUUUCUCUUGGCCUGGCAGCUUUCUUGCCUCAGCUCCUGCUGCUUUUCGCUCUCUCCUUCGCUUACUAUAAAGAUCUCGUCUUCUGUUGCUUCCUGCACACUGCAGUUUUUGUGAGUUUUAACAAAGUGUGCACCUCCCAGUAUUUUCUGUGGUACCUUUGCCUUCUGCCCCCCAUAAUCCCCCUUUUGAGGAUGUCCUGGCAGCGGGCUGCGUUUCUUCUCCUGCUCUGGCUUCUUGGGCAAGCACUGUGGCUGGCACCAGCAUACUUUUUGGAAUUUGAAGGGCAGAACACUUUCUUGCUCAUAUGGCUAGCAGGCUUAUUCUUUCUUUCUGCCAACUGUGCAAUUCUCAUUCAGAUUAUUGCUCACUAUCACACAGGGAAGAUGACCAGGAAAAUGAAGCGACACUAA